AGCAUUCCAGGUCACGGGAAACUAUGAUUUAAAGCAGUAUACAAUCUGGAAACAAUUCUGUCCUGGGCUGUAAGAACGAGGAGGACUGGUGGUGAAGGGAAGAAAUACAAAUAAAAUGCAAAUCUAAAGCAGGGCUCAACGCUUGGCAAGCCAGGCCGGGUGCAACUUUCUGAUGCGGUUGAGAUGCGGAGCCGGCAAUGUCAAAACUUUGAAGAUUAAUGGAUUACUUUGUUAAUGACUCAAGGCGUCAGAUUGGAGGUGCUUAAAUGAUUUGUGAGGUGCGAAGCGCUUGCCUGACAGUUCCAAACAAUGAGAGGGGAGGGCGCAGGACGGGAACAAGCGGGGCAGAAGCCCUACAGGGUGAGCAGAGCCGCGGAGGCUACAGGAGCAGCGGCGGCGGCAGGAACGAACGGCCAAGCGGCGACCGUAAGAGACGCAGGCACACAAACACUCUCUCACACAAGCACAGUCACUCACCCCAGAUAUCAUUUCAGAUUAGGAGGCAAAAGGGGAGCGGGCGAGCAGCGGAGAUAAGCCUCCUCCUAAAAAAAAAAAGUGUAAAUAAUGCCUCUCCGGCCCCAAUGAGGCGUUCCUUCUCGACUUUUUUGGAUCAAUCAAACAGACAGUGGCUUCUUUUGAUUAAAGCCCAAAUUGUCAUUGGGCAGAGGCAAUCAUGUGACAACCAAUUCGGUCCAAUUUCAACCUUGUCUCCAUGAAUUCAAUAGUUUAAUAGUAGCACGGUCCCCAUACGGCUGUAAUCAGUGAAUUAGAAAAAAAACACCCCACGAGCGAUCCUCUAUGAUUUUUUUUCUCCCUUCUUUCUAUCUCCCCCUUUUUUCUUUCUCUCUCUCUUUCUCUCUCGGCUCCCCCCCCUUCCCCUUCCUGGGCCUUGCUCCCCCCUCCCCCUCCCAGAAGCGCUAAAUAAGAGGGAACUUUUUCUCCAAGGGGGCUGCGAGUUGAAGGCCAUGAAUUUCGAAUUUGAGCGAGAGAUUGGCUUUAUCAAUAGUCAGCCAUCGCUCGCUGAGUGCCUGACAUCUUUUCCCCCUGUCGGUGAUACAUUUCAAAGUUCAUCAAUCAAGAACUCGGCGCUUUCACACUCGACACUGAUUCCUCCUCCUUUUGAGCAGACCAUCCCCAGCCUGAAACCGGGCAGCCACCCUCGCCACAGCAGCGGCAGCCGCCCCAAGCACAGCCCCAAUGGCAACAGCGGCAGCCCAUUGCCAGCCGGCGCCCUCCAGCCUCCGGAGUACCCCUGGAUGAAAGAGAAAAAGACGUCCAAGAAAACCGCCCUGCCGCCGCCUGCUUCGGCCUCCGCCCCUGGACCAGCUUGCCUGAGCCACAAAGAAUCUCUGGAGAUCUCAGAAAAUGGUAAUGGGGGCUCCAGGAGAUUAAGAACUGCGUACACCAACACACAGCUUUUGGAGCUGGAGAAGGAAUUUCAUUUCAACAAGUACCUCUGUAGACCAAGGAGGGUGGAGAUCGCCGCUCUCCUAGAUCUGACGGAGAGGCAAGUCAAAGUCUGGUUUCAAAACAGGCGGAUGAAGCACAAGAGGCAGACCCAGUGCAAGGAGAAUCAGAACAGCGAAGGGAAAUGUAAAGGCUUGGAGGACCCCGAAAAAGCCGAAGAGGAGGAGGAAGAGGAGGAAGAGGAGGAGGAAGAGGAGAAAUCUUUUUUUGAGCAAGCUCUCAACAAUGUCUCGGGCGCUCUUUUGGACAGGGAAAGCUACCCUUUUCAACAGAACGCCCUGGCUCAGCCGCAGGCAAGCCUCCACAAUGGAGAGUCCCAAACUUUUCCAGUUUCGCCUUUAUCCAGCAAUGAGAAAAAUCUCAAACAUUUUCAGCACCAGUCACCCACUGUUCCCAAUUGCCUCUCAACAAUGGGCCAAAACUGUGUAGCUGCCCUGAACAAUGGCAGUCCGGAGGCCCUGGAAGUCCCUUCUUUGCAGGACUUCAGCGUUUUCUCUGCAGAUUCCUGCCUACAGCUUUCUGACGCUGCUGUCUCCCCCAGUUUGCCAGGAUCCCUCGACAGUCCUGUAGAUAUUUCAGCCGACAGCUUUGAUUUUUUCUCAGAUACGCUCACCACAAUUGACUUGCAGCACCUGAAUUACUGAGAAAACACAGACCUUCAUACGCCAAGGGUUAUACCUUCUUCUUCUUCUUCUUUUUUUUUGCCCCCCUCUCUCUCCUUAAUUUUUAUUUUCCUCCCUCCUUUGAUCUGAUUUCUUUCUCUUUGUCUGUUAGUAUUUUCGGUUAUCCUAUCUGGUGUUGGAGAACUACUUUGCCAUUUCCCUAUGGCAUUUUAGUUUAACCUAGUCACAUACUAGGUCCUUCUAUGAAAGCAAUAUAUAUGGCCUGUAAGAAAGUGAUCAUAUCAAAAUUGUAUCUUCACUUUCUUUUUAUUUUUGUAUUACAUUAGGGUGCGUUGUCAUAAGUAUUUUUGGUAGAAUAAAUUCUUGUUUACUACAAGCACCUUUUUAUCUCUCUUUCUCUCUCUCUUCAUGUAUAGCGCAAGGAGUUGCCCCCUCCCCUCCUUUGGUCUGAAAUAAAGCCAAGAAAUUUGGUUACAGA